AUAAAAGAAGAACGUGUAGAAAAACAGUUGAAAGAGUCUGAAACGUGGACGGAUCGGGAAUCUGUGGAGACGGGUUGUCAGACGGACGGACCGGCGGUGUUGGACGUCCGGUCGGAACCGCUGAAGAUGGCGGUCAUUAAGCCGGACAGUGCGGAUCGGGACGCUCUGGAGGAUCGGGAUCCGAAUAACUUGAAUACGCAUGUGCAGAUAGUAUGGGACGACAUAAUAGGCGAGCCAGAAGGCGCGCGCAGCCCAGAAUGCGCAUGGAGACUCAGCCAUGCGUGCUUCAGGCAUACUCGGAACUGGUGCUACACUAUAAUGGCUGUGAUUAUAGCACCGCCGUGUGCACUAAUACUGGGCUGCGGCUUUGCCUGUCUUGCCUUUGAGCAAAUCUGGUGCACCGGACCAUGUCUACGCUGCGUGAAGAUCUACUUCGCUUCAUUCCGUACAAUCGUGCAAUCCUGCAUGGCUGCCACUGUGGUACCCACUUGCGAAGCCAUCGGCCAUAUUUGUCGGCAUAUCCGCGUUAACUUCAGAAAAGAGGCCCCGGAUGAUAAUGAUAUGCUUGUCGUUUAAAUUUAAAACGGCCCUAU